AUCGAGGGCCACUUCAGUACUUGGCUAAGCUCUGUGUGAGGACUCAUCUCGUUUGCGUUACAUCCUGGUAAAUUCGUAGUUCAAAGAAAAGAAAAUGGAUCACAACCACAAUCAUGGCGGUCCGGACGACAUGGAGAUGCUGUGCCCGAUGCAGAUGUCGUUCCACGGCGGUACCUGCGAGAUCAUCCUGUUUCCGUCGUGGGCCACCACCGAGGUGGGCCAGUUUGUCGGGGCGUGGAUCGGCUUCUUCCUGAUGGCGGUCCUGUACGAGGGGCUAAAGUUCUACCGGGAGGUGCUGGCCCAGCGGGAGCGCAAACCGUGCAGCGAGCCGGCCACCGAGAAGAAGAGCAUCAGACACCACCUAACCAACAAGCUGCACAUCGUCCAGUCGCUGCUGCACCUGCUCCAGGUGUCCGUGUCCUACGUCCUGAUGCUGAUCAUCAUGCUGUUCAACCUGUGGCUCUGCCUGGCCGUCGUGACCGGGGCGGCCCUCGGCUACUACAUCUUUGGCUGGGUCCGCCAGAGCACGAUCGACGCCAACGAGUGCUGCAACUAGGGGCAAGUUUCGCCGUUGUGGAAUCUUACUGUUUUUGUUUAAGAAUUUAGAUAAGCUAACGAUUUAAUUUAAAUUAAGGUACCAAAGAUUGCAACUUUGCGUUGCAAUAGCUUGAGAUGAAACCUCCACUUGUUUAGAAUUUAAGUUGACUACCUUACGAGCAUUACGAACGAACAAAUUGUACAGUUAGUGUGAGUUUAUGAAAUAAAAAAUACCUCUAUUUAAGCCUUAA